AUGAAGUUUUCUAAUGAUCCUAAUUUCCAUAUUGACGAGGAUUCUGUACAUAUGAACAAUAUACAUCAGAAUAAAAUUGAAGAAGAUGUAAUAGAUGAUAUGAAAGCUGUUAGUGAUUAUAAUGUAAAUAAUAAGGAAGUUCAAAGAAACAGUUUAUCAGUAAAAGAGAAUGAGAAAAUGAGGUUAAAUAGUGUAGGGGUAUAUAAAUUAAAGAGAGAAGAAUAUAAAAAUAAUAUGAACCAAAGGAAUAUACAGCAAAAGAAUAUAAAUGCAAUAUAUAAGUACCAUAAAAAUAUUCAUACAAAAGUAUAUGAUGAAAAUAUAGAAUAUAACAGGAAUAGUUAUGAAGAGAAUUUACAUGGAAAAACAAAAUAUGAUAGGAUUGAAGAAUUAGAAAAUUAUAUAAAUAUUAACAAUGCGACUAGUGUAUGUUCUUUAAGAAUAAAAUUAUGGGAAGCUCUUUUAUUAUAUAUAAAUAAUUUAAAUGUGGAAUUUAUUUAUUUUAUUAUAUCAUGUUUAAAAGAAAUAGAAGUGUAUUGGGGACAGGAAGCUACUGAAAAUUUACAUGAGAUAAUUAAUUUAAUAAAUGAUAAAAAAUAUAAAGAAGUUUCUAAUAAGAUAAGAGAAACAUUAUCAAGUUUAUCUGUAACAACUGGCAAGAUAACAGAUGAAAAUCCUUUUUUUUACACAUUAAUUGUGUCUUCAAAAAGAGAUGAAAAUAGAAAUAGUAGUACUAAUAAUUAUUCAGAUUUAACAUGUGAAUUAAAUAAGAUAUUACAAUAUGAGCACAAUAGAUUAUCUAAUCAAAUUAAUAAUAAGGCAUUGGAAUAUAAAAUAAUUGAAGUAAGUAAUGCAAGGGAAGCUUUAUUGGCUUGUUUAAUAAAUCCUCAAAUAUUAUCUGUUGUAAUAGUAGAUAAUUUAAAUAUUGAUGAGGAUGGUAUGGAAGAAAAGGACAUAUAUAAUUAUUAUAAUGAUGAAAAUAAUUCUGUAAAUAAUCACAGUGUAGCAAACUCUUAUGUGUAUAAUACUGGUGUUGUGAAUAAUAUACAUAUGCCCAUAAAUAAGGCCAAUAUGAAUAACAUUGGGGUUAAUUCAUCGGCAAUUAAUAAUAAGGAUAUAUAUAUGAAAGGAAUGGUAAGUACUAACCGACAUCACAACAACAACAAUAAUAAUAAUAAUAAUAAUAAUUAUAAUUAUAAUAAUAAUAAUAAUUAUAAUAAUUAUAAUAAUAAUAAUUAUAAUAAUUAUAAUAAUUAUAAUAAUGGCGGUAUAGCUGAUUUUAAGAAAAAUAAAUCAUAUAAUUAUGGUAAUAAUUAUUUAAAUAAUAAUAUGAACUUGAACAAAAAAUAUAAUGAUAGUAAUAAAAAGAAUAGUAUAAAUAGUAUAAAUAAUUUGAAUUAUAUGAACAAUAUUAAUAAUGUGAAUAAUAUUAAUAAUGUGAAUAAUGUGAAUAAUGUGAAUAAUAUGUAUAAUAUAAAUUACAAUAAUGAUAAUAUUUGUCAUCACCAAUUUAAACAACACAAAUUUAAUAUCGCAGAUUUCGUUUUGGGUUAUGAACAGCUAGUUUCUGCUCCCCUAGAGAAAAUGAAAAAAGGGUUUAAUAGCCUAGUUAUACUUAUAAAGAGUAUAGCUUAUAUUCGUAGUUCUGUUGAUAUAUUUUGUGUGUGUACGUCGAUAACAUUGGAUAGCUUACAAUCUGUAAAUAAUAUGAUAAUACGUAUUUUCACUACACAUGAUGACCAUAGUGAUUUACAUGAAUCUAUAUUAGAUGGAGUAAAGAAAAAGAUUAAGACUCCAUUUUUUAAUGCUUUAAAAGCAUAUGCUGAAAGGCCUAUUGGUGUGUUUCAUGCAUUAGCUAUUAGUAAAGGUAAUAGUGUAAGAAGAAGUAGGUGGAUACAAUCUUUAUUAGAUUUUUAUGGAGUUAAUUUAUUUAAAGCUGAAUCUAGUGCAACUUGUGGUGGUUUGGAUUCCUUAUUAGAUCCUCAUGGUUCUUUAAAAGAUGCUCAAAUAAUGGCUGCACGUGCAUAUAGUAGUAAGUAUUGUUUUUUUGUAACUAAUGGAACAUCUAGUUCAAAUAAAAUAGUAAUGCAGGCCUUAGUUAAGCCUGGUGAUAUUAUUUUAGUUGAUCGAGCUUGUCAUAAGUCUCAUCAUUAUGGAUUUGUUUUAAGUCAAGCCUUUCCAUGUUAUUUGGAUCCUUACCCUGUAUCAAAAUAUGGUAUAUAUGGUGCAGUACCUAUAUAUGUCAUAAAAAAAACGUUAUUAGAAUAUAGGAAGAGUAAUAAAUUACAUUUGGUUCGUUUAAUAAUUCUAACCAAUUGUACAUUUGAUGGUAUAGUGUAUAAUGUAAAAAGAGUUAUGGAAGAAUGUCUAUCGAUUAAGCCUGAUUUAAUAUUUUUGUUUGAUGAAGCUUGGUUUGCUUAUGCAUGUUUUCAUCCAAUACUUAAAUUUCGAACAGCUAUGACAGUUGCAGAAAAGAUGCGAAGUACUGAACAAAAAAGAAUUUAUGAAAAAAUACAUAACAAGUUAUUAAAAAAAUUUGGUAAUGUAAAAAGUUUAAAUGAUGUACCAGAGGAAGAAUUAUUAAAAACGAGAUUAUAUCCAAAUCCAAAUGAAUAUAAAGUAAGAGUUUAUGCAACUCAGUCCAUUCAUAAAUCUUUAACAUCUUUAAGACAAGGAAGUGUAAUAUUGAUAAGUGAUGAUAAUUUUGAAUCGCAUGCAUAUACACCUUUUAAAGAAGCAUAUUAUACACAUAUGUCUACAUCUCCGAAUUAUCAAAUUUUGGCUACCUUAGAUGCAGGUAGGGCACAAAUGGAAUUAGAAGGAUAUGGAUUGGUAGAGAAACAAACUGAAGCGGCAUUUCUCAUAAGAAAAGAAUUAAGUGAGGAUCCUAUUAUUUCCAAAUAUUUUAGGAUAUUGAAUGCGGAUGAUUUGAUACCUGACAGAUUAAGGCAAUGUACAGUAUCAUACAUGAAGAGGAAGCAUAUAAAUAAUAAUACAUGUAUACAUAAUAAUACAUGUAUACAUAAUAAUAAUAAUACAUGUAUACAUAAUAAUAACAAUGUCGGAGGGAAGAAUAAUAUGGCAAACAAAAAAAUAUAUAAUAAUUCGUUAAAUUCUAGAUGUAGUGUUGAAGAAAAUGUUGCAGGUUCCUAUAUUUUUAAUAAUAAUAAUAUAAAUGAUAUAGAGGAUAGUACAGAAAGUACACAUAAGAUUCCAGUCGAAUAUUCUGGUGGUAAAUUAUCUAACGUUAUUAAAUAUCCUCAUGAAUAUAUGAAUGAAGAUAAUAGUCCAAAUAAUAUCCAUAAAAAUUUACAAAAGAACAAUAUGAAAUUGUUAAAUGAUAAUAAUAUUGAGAUGGUUAAUAAAUUGGAAAUCUCCAGCUGUUUUAAAUGCAGUCAUAAUGUGAAUAAUGUGUCUAGUGUGUUAAUAAAUAAUUCGUUGUAUAAAAAUAGAAGUGAUAAUAAGAAGGAUGGGUCGGAGAAGAGAUAUGUGUGUGAUGAAUAUAAUGAGAGUGUUAAAAGGGGUCUGCCAAAUGAUACAAAUUGUGAUUCGGCAUAUAAAGGGUGUUCUAAUGGGGGUAUCAACGUAGAUGUUAAUGUAAAUGACAAUGUAAAUGACAAUGUGGAUGUCAAUGUAAAUGACAAUGUAAAUGACAAUGUAAAUGACAAUGUAGAUGCCAAUGUAAAUGACAAUGUAAAUGACAAUAUAAAUGACAAUGUAGAUGCCAAUGUGGAUAACAUUUCAGAUGACACUUCAGAUGACAAAAGUUACUGGUGUGAUACCAACGAUUGUGAUGAUAAUAAGAACCUGUGUUGUGAUAAGUCCAAUAAUAUAUAUUAUUAUGGUAAUAAUUUAAAAACUAAGGAUGAAAAGAGGAAGAAAGCGAAUUAUAGUUCUGUAAAUUCAUUAUGUUGUGAGAGCACAUAUUGUAUGGAUACGAGUGAUGAUAAUAUUAGUUCUAAUGAAUGUUCUUCUUAUAUAGAUCAUAAUAAUUCUUGUUCAGGUGAUAUGAAAAAUUUCCUUGAAUAUUUUGAAAGAUCGUGGUUAAGUGAAGAUGAAUUUGUUUUAGAUCCUACACGAAUAACAUUAUUUACAGGUUAUUCAGGUAUAGAUGGAGAUACUUUUAAAGUAAAAUGGUUAAUGGAUAAAUAUGGAAUUCAAAUAAACAAGACAUCUAUAAAUAGUGUUUUAUUUCAAACAAAUAUUGGUACUACUGGUUCUUCUUGUUUAUUUUUAAAAAGUUGUUUAUCAUUAAUAUCACAAGAAUUAGAUCAGAAGAAAAGUUUAUUUAAUGAGAGAGAUUUAAAUCAAUUUAAUGAGAGUGUAUAUAAUUUAGUUUAUAAUUAUAUUGAUUUAUCUGUAUUUAGUGCUUUUCAUCCUUUAUUUAAAAAAAGAUAUGAUGAUAAGAAUAUAUUUAAUAAUGAAGGUGAUUUAAGAAAGGCUUUUUAUUUAGCAUAUGAAGAAGAUUAUGUUGAAUAUAUUUUAUUAAAAGAUUUAAAAGAUAGGAUAAGACAUAAAGAAAUGAUAGUAGCUGCUAGUUUUAUUAUACCAUACCCUCCUGGAUUUCCUGUAUUAGUUCCUGGACAAAUAAUAAGUGAAGAAAUUGUUAAUUAUUUAUCUGGUUUGAGUGUUAAAGAAAUUCAUGGAUAUGAUGAAAAUAUUGGAUUUAGAUGUUUUUAUAAUUUUAUAUUAGAUUAUUAUGAAUCUGUUAAUAUAAAUGACCCAUAUAGUAGUAUGUAUCAUGCUAUAGAUAAGAAGUUAUAUGAACAGUUAAAAGAAAAAUAUUUAAAUAGUAAAAAAGAUUUACAUGAGGAGAGAUUAAGUAAUUUGUAUAUGUAUGAUAAAGAAACUAUGCAAAUGAAAAAGGUUAUUUAUAUAUAUAAUAACGGAUCAUAUUCUGUGGAUCCAUAUGCAUCUAUAAGUGAUUCAAAUGAAGAAGGAGUCAUUAUUAAUGCUCCACAAGUGAAUAAUAAAAAGGAUAUAUAUCAUAAUCAAAGAGAAAAUAAACAACACAAUAAUUAUAAUAAUAUUAAAAAAAAGACAUAUGCUAAUAACAAAUCAGAUGUUAUUAUGGGUGUACCAUCUGCUGAUUAUAUAAAUACACAUGUUAUACAAAAAAGGAAUGAUAAUAAUAAAAAAAUUAUGAAUACUAGAAAUUAUAACAAUAUUGUUAAUUAUACAUCAAAUAUUUUAAAUAAUAAGAAAGAUCAUUCUAUAUAUAAUAAUGGAACUCCUAGAAUAUAUACAUGUUCCAAUCCAAAUAAUAUCAAACCGCAUGAUAUGUUUAAUAAAUUAAAUCAUAAAAAUGGUGAGAUUAUAAAUAAUACGUUAGUGCAAAAACGUGAAAAAAAUAAGGAGUAUUCUUUAUAUUUAACCGAUUGUCUAAAUACAACAAAGUCUCAUAAAAAAAUGUACAUUCAAUCUUAUAGCCGAAAAGGUGAUAGAGAAUUGGAUUAUCAAAAUAAAAAAAGUACUUCAUAUAAUAAUAUGGAUAAUAUUGUUGUAUAUCAUGGAAAUCAUCUUGGUGUAAAAAAGAAUAUAAUGAAUAAUGAUCCUAGUUUAAAACAAAACAAUUAUAACAAGAAUGUGGUAUCAUGCAAAACAAAUAAUAUUAACAAUAUUGGAACUACUUGUAAGAAUGAAAGAAAGAAGAAAAAAAAUUUGGGAAUUCAAAUGACAGUAUCAUCAUAUAAUAAUCAUUUGAAAGGAAAUGAUACAUGUAGGUAUUCAGAUUCGACAUCUAUUUGUGAGGAUAAUGUAAAUGAUGAGAUCAUAGAUGAUACAGGUCAUAAUAAACGUGACCUUAAUGAUGCACAUAAUGUUGAAAAUAUAAAAUGUUAUAAUAAAAAAUAUGGUAACGGCUGUGAUGUUAUACCAUGUAAAGAAAAUAUACAUAUCAAUGAAAAAGAUUCAUAUUCUGAUGUUGUUCUUAUUAAAAAAAAUAAUAUAAUAACCAAUGAUGAUGGAAAAUAUUAUAAUAAUAAUGAUCAUAAUGAUAAUCAUCAUAAUAAUAAUAUACAUUUAAAUGGGGUACCUUUGUCAAAUAACAUAAAUGUAGAAAAUGAUUAUGAUGUUGUCGAAAAGGAUAAUAAAAUGGUUUCUCCAAACAAUAUAAAUAAUAAGAGGGAAGGUGCGUAUUACUCUGAUUCUAAUAAAAAUAUUCACGAUAACGUAUUUUUAAAAACAAAAGAAAAUGAAAAUAUUGAAUAUAUAACAAAGGAAUGUUUGAAAAAACAGUUGGUAGGAUAUAAUAAGGUGGAAAUCAAAAAAAUAAACGAAUUUUUAAAAAUAAAUAAAAGGAUAGAUGAUGAACAUAUUGGGGACAUAAAAAUAAAACUUGAUGACGAAAUUUUAGAAAGAAAUGAAGAAGAUAAUUAUGAUAAUAAAAAUGAUAUGUGUAAUGAAAAAAUUAUUAAAAGUAAUAUUGAGAAUGUAGCACAUGGUUCUCCAAAAAUGAAGGUUGAUAAAAAGGAUACACUACAUAGUAAUAACAAUUGUUGUGAUAUGAAUAAUAAUAAUAAUAAUAAUAAUUGUAAUUAUAUUAAAAAAUGUGAAACAAAUCAAAGUGAUAUUCAUUUUAUAAAUGAUAACAUGGAAGAAAUAGAAAAAACAAAUAUGAAUAUAAAAAAAAAUGUUGAACAUAAUAUUAUACAAGAGUCUAAUUUUAAUAAUGUGAACCAAAGUGUAAAUAAUAAUAUGCAUUUUGUAUUAGAUAAAUAUAAUUGUAAUAAUAUAAAAAAAUUAAAUAACUCUAAUAUAUAUGAUAAUAAUAAUGUAUUAAGUAAUGAUAAUAAUUAUAAUAUAAAUCACAAAGUAUAUAAUAGUCCUAUAGAAAAUAUUAACAAUAUAAAUUGUAAUAAUAAUAUAAAGAAUGAUCAUAAUAAUAAUAUACCUUAUAAAGAAAAUAAAGUAAGAAAUUUAAUUAUAUGUGAAAAUGAGAUAAAUAAAAACACAGGUAGACAAUUAAAUACAUUAAAUAAUAAUAGCUACAUUAAUAAUCUUAUAACAAAUGUAGAUGAUGAUACAUUCGAACAUAGAGAAGGGAACUUUUUUCUUCAAUGUGAAUUCGCAAAUUCAGAUAUUAAUUCUAAUAUGUAUGAAGUGGAAUCUUCUUUAAAUAAUAUUUAUACUAAUCUGGGAGGAGUUAUAAUAAAAAAUAAUAUGGACUAUGAUGAUUGUGAACCCAAACAUAACUGA